AUGGCCUUCCUUUUCAACAAUCCUCAGCGCCCCGUCCUGCCGCAUGUCGUUGAAGCGCUCCAACGACUACAAGACGACCCUCAACAGCUUGCUCACGAGAGAGACCGACGCUACGACGACCCCCCUCCGCCGUAUUCAGAGUCAGGUGAAACCACGCAGCCUCCAACACCCGGGCCUCCAGUUGUGGACGAGUCGUAUCAACGAGAACUACGAAUGUUGGCUCGCUACAAGUCGACGCCACUGAACCAGUUCAAGAGCCAGGCCAGACGUGAGCGCGAACGGCUUGAGCAUCAGUUAUCCGAGGAGCGGUUCGGUCGAAGACAGACGCUGCUCUGGGAUCAGUCUUCAGAUCUUCAGGCCAACUCCGAGAACAAUGUGCGAAGCCGUUGGAGCCCAGCCUGGCCCAAGGACAGUCAUCUGAUGUCGACAUGGUCGCAUCGAGGGGGUGGCCCUUUUUCUGGCCCCUACAACGCCACCACGUCCGAGUCCUGGCCGGGCGCUCGUUGGGGCCACAAGGAAAAUGACCGGGAGCCAGAAUCGGAACCGGAAUCGGAACCAAAGUCAGAGCCAGAGCAGGAACGACCUCCUAUCUUCGGUAUUUUCGGGCUCGGCGUGGGCCAGCCAAAACGACCACGGCCUCGUCGGCAGCUACCGCCGGGACCGGUUCCGAUAUACCUUAUCCCGACGCCCACCGUUCGCAAUCCUGAGGCAUCCCGUCCCUACGACCAAUUCUUGUAUCAGAUAACCAAGGAGCGCGACUGGAUCAAGGAUGAGACGGACUACAAGCAACCCGGUAGCGCCAUCGACCUCGAUGCCGUGGCCUACCAAGGUGUCAAGAAGAACUGGAUCAAAAAUGGGAUCUGGAACCCUAAAUGGGAUGAUCUGCCUGGAAGGACGUGGAUAUACGAAGAACCCGAGGAAGAAGUCGUAGUGGAAGCUCCUGCCGCUUCUGAUGACUCCGGUAGACGGCCGAGCGAUACGGCCGAUGACAGACAACAGACUCACGGCCCACGACAUCCCAGCCUUUUCAGACCGGCGCCAAUUCCUGAAGUCACCAAUGGUCGCACCGAUGGCGGACCUACCCGAGCUCCUGGAGGUGCUGAAGCCUCUAAUGCGGAGGGGCGGCCCAGCGGAAGGACGAGGGAGUCAUCAAGUCGCCAGCUCACCGUCACCCACGGCACACAGGACCCAGAACAGCCUCCUCGGCGGUCCCUUCGAAGCGCUAGGCCGUCUCAAGCAGAGACCGGAGGCUCCUCUGCCGCAACUUGUCUCUCCUCUCCCCCGUGUCAAUCCAAGCGCAGUCGCUGCUCCGAUGCAGUCGAGCACGAACAGCCUCCGAAACGGCCGAGGCAUAACACUCGACACUCGGUUCUCUCGUCCCAUAAUGCAUCCGAUACGAACAAAGAAUCACACAACUCCAAGACUGUCGUUACAAAGGGUGCAACACCGUCAUGUGAUGAAAUGGCGACGUCCACGAGCAGGGGAACCGGAGGGAAAAGAGUCACAGCUGUUUCCAAUCCACUUCGCCGCAGCGCCAGGAUUGCGGAGAGAGAAAGGAAACAGCCGACCGACGUUUCGGCGGAGCUGCAACGUGGACGAUCAAGUACUGCGACAACCAAGACUGCAACAACCAAGACUGCAAAGAGAGGCCGCCCAGGACGAGGCGAUCAGCAUGACAUAUCGACGCCGAAGAGAGAUGGAAGAAAAAGAACCCAUAUUGCUCGGGCAAAGGCCAGGAAGUAG